GUUGGACCGAGCUCUGUUUCGAUUCAAUUUUAUCGAGGCCCGGCUGGAUAUUGGACCUCAGGGCCUAGGAUAAGGAAUUGAACGACAAGAAGGUCGCUUAGAAAUUUAGGGCUUUUUUUAAAGUUUUUGCCGUACUUUUAUUAUCGUCUUCCUUUACGACCCUCCCAGUGGCUGCGCCUGCAGCAGGAGGCCUGCCUUCACCUUCAAAGUUCUUUGUCCUCUUUCUCUUGCAUCAAGCCAUCUUAAGUUUCAUAAGGAGAUUCUAACAUUAUCAACAAAUCCCAAAAUGUCAGGUGAAGAGACUCCCGCUCCUGUUGAGACUCCUGCUCAGCCUCUUGAGGCCAUGGACUUGAUGACAGCAUUACAGCUUGUUCUGAAAAAGUCUCUAGCUCAUGGUGGACUUGCCCGGGGCCUCCAUGAAGGUGCUAAAGUGAUUGAGAAGCAUGCCGCCCAGCUCUGUGUAUUGGCAGAGGACUGCAACCAGCCAGACUAUGUCAAACUCGUUAAAGCACUCUGUGCUGAUCAUGGUGUAGGCUUAUUGAUGGUUCCCAGUGCUAAGACCCUCGGCGAGUGGGCUGGAUUAUGCAAGAUUGAUUCUGAGGGCAAGGCCAGGAAGGUUGUUGGUUGCUCCUGUGUUGUUGUGAAGGAUUAUGGUGAGACAAGUGAAGGCUAUAAUGUUGUUCAGGAACAUGUCAAGUCUCACUGAGUCAAAACGGUUCUAAUUUAACAGGGUCUGAUUUGAAUUUCAUUUAUAGAGACCUUCAUUCCAUGUUUCCAUGGACCCGCAAUUCUAUGGAUUUUUUUUUUUUAGUGUUUUCCGGUCA